UACCACCUCGUGGUGCAUCGUGCGCGCCGAUAUGACGCGAAACAGCUGUUUACAUAAAUUAUGCCUUUUGUGCGUUAUCUUGUUAGAAUUGCGCAACAACGAUGCGAGUGAGGACGCGGCUCAAAAGAAUGUGCUGCUAUUUCUGGCUGACGAUGCGGGAUUUGAAAUGCGAUCCUACUUGAAUAAAAUCUGUCAGACUCCCAACUUGGAUAAGCUAGCAAAGGAGAGUCUACUGUUCAACAAUGCGUACACGUCAGCCAGCAGCUGUUCGCCAAGUCGUUCUGCAAUAUUGACUGGAUUACCAAGUCAUCAAAAUGGAAUGUAUGGUCUCCACCAUGGUGUUCAUCAUUUCAAUUCUUUUGAAAACAUUCAAAGUUUGCCAAAAAUACUGAAAAGAAACAAUAUCAAAACAGGAAUUAUUGGCAAGAAGCAUGUAGGCCCUAGUGAAGUUUACCGAUUUGAUUUUGAACGAACAGAAGAAGACAAUUCUAUUCUUCAAGUAGGUCGCAAUAUCACUCAUAUUAAGCUGCUGGUGCGCGAGUUUCUUUCAUACAACAAGACAGAACCCUUCUUUCUACUCGUUGCCUUCCACGAUCCUCAUCGUUGCGGACAUAGUCAUCCAGAGUAUGGCAAUUUUUGCGAGAAAUUCGGCAAUGGAGACGUCGGGAUGGGCACAAUCCCGGACUGGAGUCCAAUAUAUUAUCAAUGGGAUCAAGUUAAAGUACCCUACUACGUUCAAGACACAGAAGCUGCCAGGAGAGACAUUUCUGCUCAGUAUACGACGAUAUCUCGCUUGGACAAAGGUGUUGGCCUUGUGCUCGAAGAACUCAAAAAUGCUGGCUAUAAAGAUAACACAUUGGUGCUUUACACCUCUGAUAAUGGUAUACCCUUCCCAAAUGGCCGAACAAACUUGUACGACCCAGGUAUAGCCGAACCGAUGAUGAUUUCGUCGCCGAUACGUGGCCACAGGAAAAACAGUGUAACAUACAGCAUGACGUCUUUGCUGGAUAUAGUUCCGACAAUAUUAGAUUGGUUUAACAUGACUCACGAGAAUCAGUCGUCGGAUCUCGACAAAGUGCAGCUUACUGGCAAAUCGCUCCUACCGCUUCUCCGUGAAGAACCCACGGAAAACGGAACAGCGAUCUUUGCCAGCCAAACACAUCAUGAAGUUACCAUGUACUAUCCGAUGCGUGCAAUUAGGACUAAACGCCAUAAGCUCAUACACAACAUCAACUAUAAGAUGCCAUUUCCUAUUGAUCAGGACUUUUAUGUAUCUCCCACCUUCCAGGAUCUUCUUAAUAGGACACGAAGCCAUAAAUUUUUACCAUGGUUUAAAACAUUGAGAAAAUACUAUCAAAGACCAGAAUGGGAGUUAUAUGACUUAAAAUAUGAUCCAGAAGAAUUAAAUAAUAUAGCUCUAAAGCCAUCAAUGCAGAGCAUAUUCAUUGAUCUGCAACAACGGUUGUUUGAUUGGAUGAAAGUGACAAAGGACCCAUGGCUGUGUGCACCAGAUGGUGUUCUCCAAGAUACAGGAGUUAAUAAAAAUAAUCCUCAAUGUAUGUCACUGGGCUGGGACUCAAUUUUAAUUUAAGAGAGAUUAUUUUUAACUAUUGUUACAUUAACAAUAUUUACAACGUUCUUUUCCUCUCUAUAACUUUACAUUUAUUAAGUAAAUACUCAGAAACAUAAGAUGCAAUAUACUAAUAACCUUCAAUGUAUAUUAAUUAAACUAUAACACAUAUUUUGUAAUUAAUAUUCUACAUAAUAUAUAAAUUUUAUAUAAAAUAUA